CAUCAUCAGCAUCAUUGUUGUUGCCACCACAACGUUCCCAUAGUAACGUCUUGUACACCUGGCUAUAUAUCACUGCUUAAAAGUGCUGCUAAUUUUAUAAUUGACAAUACUUUGAUUUUUAGAGGCAGAGAGAACGAGUCUGAGAUUUUUAUUUCAACAUACAACGCUUUUAGCCUCUCUUUUUGUCGCGUUAUUUCGUUAUGACCGUAUUCAUUGCAGUUCACGUAGGAGCAGGUCAUUUAUCGCGUUCAAAAGAAUCAAAAUAUCGAUCGGCUUGUGCGAGAGCAUGCGAAGAAGCAAUAAGACAAUUGAAGCAAGGCAAAAGUUCUUUGGAAGUUGUAUCAAAUGCGAUUGCGAUCCUGGAGAAUGACCCUAUCACCAAUGCAGGCUAUGGCUCGAAUCUUACUCUAAAUUGCACUGUUGAGUGUGAUGCAAGUAUCAUGGAUGGACGUAACGGUAGCUUUGGCGCCGUCGGUGCAGUGAGCGGGAUUAAGAAUCCUAUCAUGGCAGCGCAAAAGAUGGCCGAGCAAACAACACUGUUACCCCUAGGUCGGAUCCCACCUAUGCUGCUUGUUGGUCCAGGUGCGAAAGCAUGGGCAGACGAACAAGGGUUGACGUUAGUUGAAGAUGAUGCAUUGCUUUCACAAAAUGCCCUGCAUACCUUUGGCAAACAUAUACGAUUACUACAUAACAGCAAUGUCGAUGAUGGUGUCGAUGACGACAAAGAAGAUCGAGAAAAAAUGGAUGAUACUGUGGGCGCCAUCGCUAUCGAUACAUGUGGAAACGUGGCUGCAGGUGUCAGUAGUGGUGGCAUAUCACUGAAAUAUCCCGGUAGAGUUGGCGAGGCUGCCAUGCAUGGAUGCGGAUGCUGGGCGCAAAAUGCCACUGAUCGUGAUCCAGCCAUAGCAUGUAGCACAUCAGGAACGGGCGAACAAAUUAUGCGAACAAAAAUAACAACACGUUGUGCCGAACAACUUGUGAAAGAGGACGAUAUACCUUCCACUAUGGCUAGUGUGCUACGUGAAAAUUUCAUAGAAUCGCCAUAUCUACAAAUGUAUCAUGAAAAAUCUGUUGGUAUGAUCAUAUUGCGGGCAGUGAGAUCGUCACAAGAUAACAACAGCGUUGGCAGUGGUAGAGACGAUGCUACCAAAAACAAAAGCAACCAUCAUGUCGAAUUUUGUUAUGCACAUGUUACAGAUAGUAUGGGUAUCGGAUGCAUGUCAGACACUUGCCAAAAACCUAAAACAUUUGUUUCACGCAAAGCAGCACACGAAAAAAUGCGAUGUUCUGGUUGGCUUGUACGAUAAACAUAGUUAGUCUCAUUGAUUGGUAUUUAUUAUGCACAAUUCUCAUCGUAGCGAAAGAACAAAAAGUAUCCAGUUGAUUAUAUGUUUGUACGGCCCCUCUACACCUCUUUUCAAAUGUAAAAGUUACACAUAUGAAUUUUCUUUUGCUUGUAUCAUGUUGAGCACCAUAUUUGUCCACAAUCUAGUAAACGCCAAGUAUUACCCCGUGUUAAGAACCCGUUUUUUUGUGUUUAUGUACCUGUGCUUCUGUUGAAUGGCUAUACAAUACUAUCACAACAUUAUAUUUCACCACAUACGCGCACAACGGAAGUAAACAUUUUCAGAU